AAUUGAAAUAAAAAUAGAAAAAGUCCCCACCUUUCUCCCCUGUCGCUCGCAAAGGGUUCGAAGGACAGAGAUCAACAUCAACCGCCGCAAUCGCCGUCGCCGUCGCCGUCGCCGUCGCCGACCGGCUUCGUCGCCUCCGCCCGCUCCUCCUCCGCCUCCGCCUCCGCCUCUAGGGUUCAGCCGCCGCGUCCGCCGGCGCAUCCCCUGUCUCGCGCGGCAAAUGGCUUUCUGGGGUGUCGAGGUGAAACCCGGUAAACCCUUCGUUCAUCCCUCGAGUGGGGCCAGACAGCGGCUCCAUAUCUCGCAGGCGACGCUGGGGAUCGGUUCCGCCACGAACAAAAGCAUAGUUCAGUGUAAUGUGGGGAACAAGAGUCCCGUUUUCCUGUGCUCUUUGUUCCCUGACGGGGCCGAAUCGUCUCAACUGAAUUUGGAAUUUGAAGAAGCUGAGGAAGUCACCUUUUCUGUCGUUGGCCCUCGGAGCGUCCACCUCUCCGGUUUCUACCUGGGAAGUGGUCGACAUUACGCAGGAGAUGAUGAGUCAGAAUCAUAUGGUGAAGAUAUCGCUGGGACUGAUACAGAGAGAUCCAAUGAUGAAGAUGACUAUGAAGAUAGUUUCAUUGAUGAUGAUGAUAAUCCAGAAAUAUUUUCGCCUUCUCCUUCUCCUUCACUAAAUGAUGCUGUACAUGGGGAAUCAGAUAAUGAAAAAGCUAGGGAGAGGAAAGGCAGAAAAAGAAGACUUAGAAAGAAAUAUCAUCUCGGUGAAUCUGAUGAAAAAGGUAGUUUUGAACAGAAUAAUAUUGUUGAUGACAAGGCCAAGGCACAGGCAUCAGAAAGUGAAGAUGAAGAGGGCUUCUUUAUAUCUUCCUUGCUUAAGAAAAAGGAUGUGGUGAAAGACUCCAAGAUAGAUGGCCCAGAAGAGAAACCUCAAAGUGGAAUCCCUGAAGUUGGCACGAAGAUGAAGAGGAAGAGAAAUGAAGAAUUUAUAGAGUCCCAUAUAGAAGUUGACAAAGCUAAUACUCAUGAUAAGGUCAAGGAGAGUCAAGGCUGGCAAGGUCAGGGGAUCGCGGGUGCUGAUAACAGAGAAGCUGGUCAGGUCAAUGGUUUCGCCCCAACAUCUGAUGAGGCCACCAAUCAAAAUGCUUUGAAAAAGAGAAAGAAGAAACAUGCGAAUGAGAAGUCUCAACCAGAAGAAGACAUUGUUGAGAACAGUAUGAAUCCAGUUGUUCCAGAGAAUUUGGCUCUUGAUGCUCCGCAAGUAACUGGUGGAGCAGAUUCUGAGAAGAAAGACAUAAAGAAGAAGAAAAAGAAGGAUAGAGCCCAGCAUAGUGAAGCAGAUAUAACGAACCAGGAGAAUGUUUUACCAGCAGACGGAAAGGUUCGGUUGGACACCAAGAUGAAAGACACAGACACUGAUGAUGCCUGCCAAGUUAGGAAGCUGCCAAAUGGACUAACAAUUGAGGAGCUUGAAAUUGGAAAUCCUGAUGGUAAAGUCACUGCUUCUGGUAAAAAAAUUAGUGUUUGCUAUGUUGGCAAGUUUAUGGAGAAUGGGCUGGUAUUUGAUUCGAAUAUCAGUGGGAAACCCUUAAAAUUCCGCCUAGGUUCUGGAGAAGUUAUGAAGGGUUGGGAUGAUGGCCUUGAUGGCAUGCGAAUUGGUGGCAAAAGAAGGCUUACUAUUCCACCCUCUCUGUGCUGUGCGAAUAGCGGAACGAGUCAUAAAGUUCCUCCUGAUUCAUGGUUGGUCUAUGACAUCGAAGUGGUUCGUGUCCGCUAGAGGAGCUGCUAUUUGUCCUGGAUAUUUGGCAAUGUGUAAUUAGACACUACGGAAAUGGUAGAUGCUCGCUGGUUGUAUAAUAUCCCAUUGUGGGAAUUUUGUGGCGAGUAUCUGCUGAGAGUACACUGCCAAUAGUUUUUAUGGAAGAGCAUUGUUCUACAAUGGUUUAGUGCACAACUAUUGAAGACAGGAUCAUGUGACGGUACCGUUGUGCAUUUUUGUAUUUACAUCAAGGCGGCUUCUAUUACAUUCGAAGUUCAAAAUUACUGUAUUUUCACACUUGCAAACUGUAAGUCUGGGACUUGAAUGAACCCAUGAGAUUUAUACAAUGAAAUCAGUUUUCCUUA